AUGGCGCUAACGAUAUUGACUAUAGUCUUCUGUCUGUCAGUUUGGAUCGAUGUUGGCGAGAUGAAAAUGUUUAGGUUUCAAGAGGCACCUUUGCCAGAUGAUCCGUGUACUAUUGUUCAUGUUAGCACCCCAGAAUCAAUGAACUUCGUCGAAAUGCUCUCCCCAAGAUCCGAAAAAUGUUUCGAUCGCUCUGGCGUUCUUUGGUACGCUACGUACGGUCGUAUUAGACUACGUGUCCGGAUAAAUCCGGACGAAUCCGGCGAAGAAUUUGUGAUGUGCUUGACAGGGGGGUCCAGUGACAGACUGUACAUUUGGAUGGAUACUUUUAAGAAUGCCUGGACGCCCAUCUCGUUUCCCACGAGUUAUACUGAAGUUGACAGGACAAACAGUUGCAAACAAUCAUACAAGGGCAACGUUGAUUUGUCUCUGGAACCGCCAUGGUCCCACCCACAAUAUGUUAAUUACGUCACGUGGAACAUUACCAGAGUUCCUAUUGGCUACUUCGAGCCUAAUCUCAGAUGA